UUCCUCUAGCAUCUCCCCCGAAGAGUCGAGCAGUUCCUCUAGCACCUCCCCAGAAGAGUCGAGCAGUUCCUCUAGCACCUCCCCAGAAGAGUCGAGCAGUUCCUCUAGCACCUCCCCCUGAGAGUCGAGCAGUUCCUCCAGCCUCUCCCCCUGAGAGUCGAGCAGUUCCUCCAGCAUCUCCCCCUGAGAGUCGAGCAGUUCCUGUCCCCUCUCCUUCACAGCCUGCAACCAUACCCUCUGAACAGAACAGGCCCUACUGUCGAACUAGGGCGACUGCUACUGUUAUUUCCGAGCCGCCCACUCCCAGUGACACAGGGCUAGCUUGGCAGAAUGUUGUCAGCCCUGCCCAGGAAAAGUGGAUGAGAAAAGAGCUUUACAAGUUAGGCCUUGUCCCUGGUACGACACUAUAUAAUCAGCCAGCCAGAUGGGAGGGUGAGCCGCUGUGGAGAACUCCACCCCCUGGUGAACUGCAGCCUCGCAGAGCUACGUCACUGCCAAGCCCAGAGCACUUUUGGAUCCAUCCUAUGUUCAUUUGGGCUCCAGUAACCAUGUUCAAGAGUAUUGUUGGUCCCAGGGGGUUGCCGUGCAUAACGCAAAACUGCUCUGGUGUUGCUCAGAAGAAAGGAUUGGGUAGGCCUCGUGUUGUGGUUGGAGGUGGAGGUGGCAACGUUGCAAUGCCAAACACCGGGCAAUAUUACAUCGUAGCCAGUCUCCUUAGCUGCAAAAAAUGCAAGUGCUCCCCCUGGUACGCCGACAGUCCUCUGUACUUGCCUCUUCUUCCAACCCACAUCCAUAACAUCUUCCCAGCUUACAUAACGUACCGCAAAGCCGUGUGCCGCAGUCUGGUUGAUCAGAUGCGGAGGUCUGGACGUAGUCCUGCUGACAUCGCAAACGAGGCCAAGGAACUACUUCAGCUGAGGUACGAGCGAGCGCAUCACCAAUAUCUGUUGUUGCUGCAAAAAGUUCGUUCAGAUGCAAGGAGGGGAUCGACGCUUGAUGAAAGUGUUGGCUUGGAUCCGUCUGAACCCAGCAUGCCCUUUGGCUCAUACUCCUGUCAACAUGGGUAUCGUGGAGUUGCCGUGUCGGAGUAUUUCAUGGCUGAUACACUGAUAGCUGAAUACAAGGAGCAGCGUCCAUACUUAUAUGGUGUUGAGUGGCAUCCUAGCUGCUAGCUCGCCUGCCAGUGUGAAAGGCCUCGAAUGCUCUGCCGAAGGGAACGCUCUCUGCUACAUUUGGAAAGGAAUAGCUGAAGUCAAGAUUGAGCUGGUUGACACGAAUGAAGCUAGGCCAUUUACGUGUGCGCACGUGCAAUGGGAGUCAUUUGUUGCCGACACACCCCUACGAGACUGUUAUUCACUAGAUGGGGCUCACUGGUAUGGUGCAGGUGAGAGGUACCGCCAGGUAUGGCCAAUAGAUAAAUCAAGUGGAUCAAGCACAAUACAUGUAUUUGCAUCUGGAGACGUGUACACCAAUUUGCAGGGGUAUGGAUCGGUUUUGGACAGGUACUGGUUAUCGUCUCGAGGGGUUGCCAUUCGUGUCAGCCAUGACACCCCUCUGCAUGUCAGUCUGAAUGACAAUGGCGAUGGGAUGCUGUGCUUCAAGAGCACGUAUGAUGACUCCUACUAUCCCAACUACACGAACAAUUUGCAUCUCUUGGACUACACAGUUUGCACGCAUGACGAUGUGCGCCUCGUGCACGACGCAACUUGGCGCGAAAUUGGCCCAGCUGGCAGGAAACCGACUGGUUUACCGGACGAAAGAAUGAUCAUGUCUCCUAUCUGGUCCACGUGGGCACGAUACAAAGUCUUCAUCAAUGACAGUGUGGCGAAUGAUUAUGCAGAUGAGAUCAUUGCCAACGGGUUCACCAACAGCCAAAUAGAAAUCGAUUUCGGAUACUCCAUGAAGUACGGAGAACUUGACUUUGAUCUUACUAAGUUCUCCAACAUGAAAGAUACCGUUCAGAAACUUCAUGACAAGGGGUUUCGUGUGACUCUCUGGGUGACACCAUUUGCUAACAUUGACACCAACGCGUACCAAGAAGGUAAGGCGAAAGGUUACUGGGUGACUAAAACGGGGCAGAAUGAGGGUGUUGUCAAGUGGUGGAAUGGUUUUGCAGGAAUGCUUGACGUUACCAACCCAGCCGCAGUGGAUUGGUUCGUGGCACGACUUGAGAAGCUCCAACAGGAUAUUGGAAUCGAUUCCUUUAAAUUUGACGCGGGGGAAACCAACUAUUUAGUCAAGGAUUUCGAGACCUACGUUCCCUUUGUCAAUCCUUGCGAGUAUACGACCCGGUACGCUAAGAUGACAGCGCGCUUCGGAGAUCAAAUCGAGGUCAGGGCUGCCUUCGAAAACCAAAACCUACCAAUCUUUGUCAGGAUAAUGGAUAAGGAUUCCCGCUGGGGCUGGGAUAACGGACUAAAGACACUUAUUACCACAGCGCUAACUUUCGGUCUGCUUGGUUAUCCUUACAUAUUACCGGACAUGAUUGGUGGCAACUCUUACGAGUCAGAAUUCCACGGGCUUGAAGUACCACCGCGGGAGCUCUUCAUACGAUGGCUGGAAAUCACGGCCUUCAUGCCGGCUAUGCAGUUCUUCAUCUCGCCCUGGCAGUACGAUGACGAAGUGGUGAUCUCCAAGAAGUGGGUCACCUUCCACGAGGAUGUCAUCACGCCUAAGCUGCUCCAGAUCGCCCGGGCUGAGACCAUCGUAAAGCCCGGUCAGCCGCUGAUCAGACCCCUAUGGUGGAUCGCACCGACCGAUGAAGACUCCCUGAAGAUGGACACAGAGUUCCUAGUUGGAGAUGACCUAUUGGUGGCGCCUAUCGUCAAUAACGCCACCUACUCCAGGGAUGUCUACCUCCCUCUAGUGGCUGGACUGUGGACACGCAUGCCACAAGGAGAUAGUGUAGAGGGCGGGCAGUGGCUUCGCAAUGUCCCCGUUCCACUUGAUGAGGUAUUGUACUUUACUCUGGACAAAGCCAAUUAAGUCGCCGUAACGGUGGAAACAAAAACUGAACACACACCGAGACAUUUCAGACGUGCUAGAUGCAUGGCAAACUACUUCUCCGGCGUAUAUUAACUUAACAACUUCACUAAACUGCGAAACACCACAGCGUCUGUCACACGAUGAAGUCCACAAGAAACGGUCCUGACGAUCCCACGACUAUAUCCAGCUGCAAACUGCUUGAAAUCUCUGAACAGCAUUUAUAGAAUUACAGAAAUCUUCUAGAAAUUGCCACAAAUUUACAAAAUUUCUAGACGUUGCUACAGAACUUCUAUUGAAUUGUAAGCAAAGUUGCUUGACCUUCUAGAACUUUUCCAAACAAGUGUGCCAGUUAAUGUCAAACGUUCACUCUUACUGCGUGCUGCUAAGAUUGAAUAUGUUUCGCUCGUACCCAUCCCGCCCAAACAAGGCGCUAGGUACGUGUUAUUGUUGAAACAAAUUUUAUCCAAUGAGAGCUGGAAGAAGUUACGUCAUACAUCCAGAAGAAAUUAGCCAUUCCCAGCGCCUUGCCUGGGCGGUAGUUACGAGCGAAUGAAUAUGUGCAUUCUAAGCCCUAAAACUUUACGAUUCUCAACACUGUUCGUUUGUUUAAUUUCAUCAUCCAAAGUCAGUUUCGACCUUAUAGGGUAGGGUUAUGCUGUUUAAUGUAUACAAGCAAACCUGAACAAAUCAAAUAAACUAGUAUUUUUCUGAGACCUGACGUGAUGGUUUCUGAACAUUUCGUUGUUAAUAUGGCUUAUCAACUUUACGUACAACAUUUUUCUUUUUCCCACCCCA